AUGGACUCUAUCAUCGCUCAAAUUCAGGCAUUGGCCAAGACGUCUGACGAUGCCGGUCAUUUGGAAAUUAAAAAGGCUCUAGCCGACGUUCAGUUAGAGUUACAAGGUCCGAAGGAUCUUCUUUAUAACCUUGCAAAUUCACAACUCCUCAUUGGAACCAUCCGCAUGGCAGCUGACAUGAACUUGUUCCGCGCCAUCGCUACCAAUAGCGGAUCCGUGACUGUUUCUCAGCUGGCGAAGACUACUCAAGCGGAUUCUCUGUUGCUUGAGAGACUGCUUCGGUAUCUAGGCUCGAACAACCUGAUUGAGGAAGUCGGUAGCAAUGAGUAUAAGGCAAACAAGAACACUCAUAUUCUGGCUGAUGAGAGAGGAGAGGCCAUGGUGUACCACGGAUUUGAUACUUACGGUCCGAUCAUCCGCGCAAUGCCUGAAUUUUUCAAAGAAAAUGGCUAUAACGACAUUGAUAGCAUCACAAACACCCCCUUCCAGAAAGCUUACAAUACUACCCUCCCUCCCUUUGACUGGUAUGUCCAAAACCCAAGGCAUUUCGAAAAUUUGCAGAAAAUCAUGACUUCCAUCGAGGGCGUGGAAUGGACUGUUGGAUUUGAGCUUUUUGAUUCGGAGGCUAUCAAAGUCCCGUCAUCAUCUCCCCAGCCUUCCGAAAAGCCCUUCUUGGUAGAUGUAGGAGGUGGUCAUGGACACCAGUGCAUUCAGCUUGGCAAGAAAUACCCGGCCCUUUCAGGACGUCUUGUUCUUCAAGACCUUCCAGCAGCCGUCGACAAACUCCCGGUGAUUGAGGGUGUAAAGACCCAGGCUCAUGACUUCUUCGAGAAGCAGCCCGUAACUGGUGCGAAAUUUUACUAUCUUCGACGUAUUAUGCAUGACUGGCCCGAUAAAGAGUGCACCAAGAUUCUCCAACAUAUUGUUGAAGCCAUGGAUGCAGACUCGCGCAUUCUUAUCGAUGACGUUGUCUUGCCAGAUACUGGUGCAAAUUGGCAGACAACAAUGGCCGAUAUUUCUAUGAUGAUCGCGCUCGGAGGAAAGGAGCGAACAGUUCAGCAGUGGAACUCGCUGGCUGACUCGGUAGACUUGCGGGUUGAGCACAUCCACCCUUAUACUGCUGCCACCUACACCUCUGUUGUUGUUCUAGCCCCCAAAUAA